AUGGCGCGAUUUUGGGGCCUUCGAGGCUCUAAGCUGCACUUGGCCAUCUGGGCUGAGGCUUGCUUUGGUGUAAUGAUCUUCGGUUACAAUCAAGCGUCUGCGGGUGGUGUGCUCGCCGAUGUUACCUUCAACAAGCAGUUCCCCCGAAUGGAUACCCUGACGACAACGGGCUCCUUGCAGUCAUACAACGCCAAGAUCCAGGGUACCGUCGUCGCCAUGUAUACGCUUUUUGGUGUGUUUGGAGCUCUAGGAUGCAUCUUUCUCGGUGAUAUUUUAGGCCGUCGGAAAACAAUCUUCAUUGCUAGUAUUGUACAAGCCCUGGGAGCUAUCUUGCAGUCGUCCUCUUUUGCUUUUGAGCAAUUCAUUGUUGGUCGAAUUGUCUUAGGACUCGGCACGGGCGGACUAAUUGCCACUAUCUCUGUCUGGCAGGCUGAAGUCUCAAAAGCAGAGAAUCGUGGUGAGCAUGUGUCCGCCUUUGGGAUCUUCUGUGGAUCUGGUCUUGGACUGGCUCUGUGGGUUGCCUUUGGGAUGAGCUAUACACAGCCGAGCUCAGUCUCUUGGCGCUUUACCAUGGUUUUCACCGUGUUUCUAUCGAUCUUAGUCUGCUCCGGUAUAUUCAAUCUACCGGAGAGUCCUCGAUGGUUGAGCAAAAAGGGGCAUUGGGAAGAAGCGCGAGAAAUUCUCGCGCUUCUACACGACGAGGACCCAUACGGGGAAAGCGUGAAAAAAGAGAUCGAAGACAUUCAAAUCUCUAUUGAGCGCGCUAGCAAAGGCAGUACUGGCGCUAUGUUCAAAAUGGGGCCUCAGCGAACGUUCCAUCGUGUGGUCAUCGCUGCCGUUGCCCAAAUGAUGCUUCAAAUGAGCGGCAUUAAUUCGAUCACAUACUACGCCCCUGCAAUUUAUGAGAACCAGUUACACUUUAGCGGGACAGUCUCUCGUAUCCUAGCGGCUUCAUCCCAGAUUGCUCUAGUUAUAGGAGCAUUCUGCUGUGUCUAUACGGUCGAUAGAUUUGGCCGACGCAGACUGAUGCUAUUUAGCGCAAUUGGGAUGAGUAUUUGUUUUGCCUGCAUUGCCGGCCUCACUUCGAAUCCAGACAAUAAACCCGCUCUCAAAGCAGCUGUUUUCGUCUCGUACCUUUACGUCGUUGUCUACGUCAUGGGAUUUCUUGGCAUUCCAUUCCUAUACGCUAGUGAAAUAGCACCUACUCACCUACGAGCUUCCGUGUGUGGGUUGUCUACUGCUGUCUCCUGGCUUUUCAACUUCCUCGUCGCCGAAGUGACUCCCACGGCCUUUACUAAUAUCGGCUGGAAAUAUUUCCUUGUCUAUUUCGCUUUGAACGCCCUGUUUGUGCCGAUCAUCUAUUUCUUCUUUCCCGAAACCUCGGGACGAUCACUUGAAGAGAUCGACCAAAUUUUCGAAUCUUCGACAUCUAUCUUCGAUGCAGUUGCUGUGGCCAAGAAAUUGCCCAAGCGUCAUCUCGCCGAAUAUCUGCAAGAGGAAAAGGGGUCUGAGAUUGUCAUUCCUGAAGCCUCUCAUAUCGAUGAGGUGGCGUAG